CAGCGCCGCUCGCAGGCUGUGACGGCCCGGGAUGGCCCGCACCAAGCAGACGGCUCGGAAAUCCACCGGCGGCAAAGCGCCGCGCAAGCAGCUCGCCACCAAGGCGGCCCGGAAGAGCGCGCCCUCCACGGGGGGCGUCAAGAAACCGCAUCGCUACCGGCCCGGCACGGUGGCGCUGCGCGAGAUCCGGCGUUACCAGAAAUCCACGGAGCUGCUGAUCCGGAAACUUCCGUUCCAGAGGCUGGUGAGGGAAAUCGCGCAGGACUUCAAAACCGACCUGCGCUUCCAGAGCGCGGCCAUCGGGGCCCUGCAGGUGAGGGACACACCUGGGACACACCUGGGCGGGUGAGGGACAC